AAUAUGCACAAUAUGUUGCCAGAAGAUUUGUCACAGUUGCUCCAGGAAUUUAAUUAAAAGUCACCCAAAGUUGACGAGAGAAGGUUUGUACUGGCUGUUGGAAUUUUAAUUCACUUCUACAUUGUUGUGAUUGUUGUUAUAAAACAAACAUAUAUUAUCUUCAAUGACACGCAUAGUAGUAUUAUCUGAAGUCAGUUGCUAAAUUGAGAAGUUAUCAGUUAAGAGCAAAGAAAAGUUUAUCAACACGCAACAGCUGAUUACGCUCUCAGUGUGUCUUGAGACAUCGCGAAAGAUGUUACUACAAAUCGCAAUAGCUGCAGUGUCAGUGUUAUUCGUGCUUUUUCUGCUGUGGAGAAGAAAUUUCACUUUUUGGCAACGAAAAGGCAUCGACGGCCCGAAACCCUCCUUGAUUUUUGGAAAUUUUCCCAAUUAUCUUCACAAGAAUAUUGUCUAUGACUUGCACGAUAUUUACAAGAAGUACCGAGGAUGUCCUUUCGUUGGAAUCUACGCUCUGCGGAAGCCUCAUCUUUUCAUCACAGACCCUGAAUUUUCACGGAAAAUCUUCACUACACACUUUCGUCAGUUUUACAAUAAUGAAUCGUCGGAAAUGACGGAUCUAAAGACUGACCCAAUCAUUGGACUCAAUCCGUUCAUGGAGCGCGACGAGUUAUGGAAGACGACGAGACAGGAGAUUACGCCGGGUUUCAGCAAUAAUCGUGUGAAAGCGCAAUUCCCCAUCAUGGAAUCCUCUUGUCACAAGAUGACAAAUUACCUGAGAUGUCGUGUGAAGACGCACGGACCCACCAUUAAGUUGGAAGAGUUUUCCCGUCGGUACACUUGCGAGAAUCUCACAAAUUGCAUCUUUGGACUCGAAUCUCAUGCCUUUGAAGAGAAAAAGGGUAGUUUUCUGCAAAUGUUCAAAGACUACCUGAAGGAAUUUUUCGUCAUUGAUUACUACUUCAUGUGGAACUUCAUUUGGCCAAGUUUUAAGCAUUUUCACAAGUACCAAAUGAUGAAGCCGAGGGUGAAGAAGUUCUUUGUGGAUAUGCUAAAACAUGGAAUUGCCUUUAGGAGUGAAAAUCCCAGUAAUCGCGAGGAUUUCCUCACAUUCCUCAUGCAAAUCCGAGAGAAGAAAGGCUCUUCCAUUGAUGAAAUGCUCGCCCAUGCGUUAACGUUCAUUCUCGAUGGAUUCGAGACUUCAGCAAUUGUAUUCGAAUCUGUGCUGUAUGAAUUAGCUAGGAAUAUGCGAGUGCAGGACAAAUUGAGGUCAAUCCUCGAGGAAGAGGGAAAUCUCUCAUACGACACCGUCAAUGACCUGCCCUACUUGGACCAAGUCUUCAAUGAAUCUCUUCGUCUUCAUCCGCCAAUUCUCUUCUUCCUGAAGCAGUGCAAUGAGUCUAUAGAAGUGCCAUUCAAUGACGGCAAGGAAUCGAGGACCUUUCCCAAAGGUAUCAACGCUAUGAUGUCUUCUUAUUCCCUCGGACGUGACCCAAUUUUCUAUGAGAACCCCGAAGAUUUCAAUCCGGAGAGAUUCGACGAUGGAGCCGUUAAGGAUUACAAGGAUAAGGGCGUUUUCGUGCCAUUCGGAGACGGUCCCAGGAUUUGUAUAGGAAUGAGAUUCGCUGUGUCACAGAUCAAGACUGCCACUGUGGCGAUUGUGCGGAAUUUCAAACUCACGCUCGGUGCAGAAAUGAGGGAACCUUUAAUGCUUGAAAAAACAUUCUUUGGGAUGCCUGCACAAGAAAUUGCCGUAAAUUUCGAUCCUAUUCUCGAGAAGUGAUCGAAAAAGUGAAAUUUUACUUAAAGUUAUUAAUUUCGCGCUAUAAAACUGGGGUGUUCACAUGUUAUCAGGUGGGGAAUGAGGUUAAAUACACCAUUUAUCGUUAUCAAUUGUUACACAUUUCCCUAUUUUUAUAAAUUCUUCCCAGGUAGUGCAACAAUAUCAGUUCAUUUGUAAAUUUUAUGU